UCAAGUCCGGUAUUUAUAUACUUUACUCUCUUUUUUUUUUUUUACAGUCUCCGCAGUUCCUCUGUCGUGUCUCCAAGAUCACACAUUUUCCACUUUUUGAGGAAACCAUGGGAGACGAACACCUCCAUAGUCAGGAGUCCGGAGCUAACAACCAGUCCACAGAUCAUGUCGAAGAGAGCAAGAAGAUAAGACUCAGAGUCACGCAGAUCCGCGAGAGACCCGAUAGGAUGUCUCCUAUCGUGGCAUAUUUCAGCUCCAGCUACGAUCCUCUUGAGGUGGAUCCUGAAACAGGCGAGCGAGUACAUGAGACCCCGGAGGUUACCGUUUACACGCAUAGGGAUGAGCCCAAGAAGAAAUUUCAGGUUGUGGUACGCCCGCCAGGUGCAAACGUGUACUUCAAGGGCACUAGCUACUCCCGCGAGACUGCGGUGGAACCGAAUACUGCGUACUCAAUUGGCGUGGUAAAUCGAGAGGCCAAGACAAUCCGAAUCUUUCCGAUUGCUGCCAACAAGAUUAUCCGAUUGGAUCCAUAUGUUAUAGGGCAAGAAACAGAAGAAGAAGCAGAAGCUUCAGGAAGUGGGCCUCAGGACACUAGCACCAGUUCUAUUGUUGCCCGUAACAUUCCUCCUUAUGAUGCCUCUGCAACUACUCCUUCUAAAGCUUAUCCUUUAGACAAAAUCAUGGAUGAGGAGGAACGGAAAUGCCUUCAAGAUAUUUACCUCCUUCUCGAACAGGAAACCGUAGCAGCAGCAAUCACCAGUGCUUACCCUGUAUUUGUCCGCAACAGAUUGCACAAGUUGCGAAAUAUCGAGGUUGAUUCCGAGAGGCAGAUGCUUUGUGCUGUCUCAUCGCUCCUCACCCAUCUGGUUAAAUUCAAGGACAUGGACUCAACGGUUGGUCUCCAUUCUGCUAACGGCCAUGAGUUCCCAGAAAUCAUCCGUCAGAAAUGUUUCACAUUGUUCAAGGAUCCUUUUCUGAGGACAAGUGAGAUAACUGUUGACAAGACCAACCUUCUGAUAAGCUACGUUCUUGUGCUCUGUCUUCAUGUCGAUAAUUUCAAAACCGAUCCAGAGGACAUAGCUAAAGAUCUGAGGAUGAGCGCUAUCGACCUGAGGAAACAUCUUGUCAGUCUUGGCUGCAAAUUGUCGUGGGAGAAGUCAACUUUAGUUGCAACCUUGCCGACUCCUCUUGAGUUUUCGGAAGUCAAGUCAAACAGGAGAAGAAGAAGAAGAAGAAGAAGAAGAAGAAGAAGAACGAAGAUACACAAGAGAUUAAGAAUAAGAAGAACGAAGAUACACAAGAAAUGAUGAUAUUGGAGAAGAUUUGUUCUAUUUUCAUUUCUGCUGUCGCGAUGUCAUUUCUAUUGGCAUCUGUGUCUUUUGUUUAAAUGACACAAAAACUGAAAGUUGGUAUUUUGGGAAUUAUGACCUGCUAGUAUUAGACAUGAAAUAUUCAAACAAGAGUAACCACAGACAUUGAUAAAUGUCAUGUUUUCAUUUUUGUUCUCAGUUUAUGUGGGGUUUC